UCUAUCCUUCCGACUCUAUGGUGGAGGUCAGUACUGACAGGGGAUCAUGGCUGCCUCCAGCAGGCUGAAGUCCACACUGGCUCUGGUGACAGGUGGCGGCAGUGGCAUCGGAAGAGCGGUGUGCCAGAGACUUUCCCGUGAAGGGGCUUCGGUCGCCGUCGUCGACGUGAACGUCAACUCUGCUAAUGACACGCUACGGAUGUUAUCGCGUGACCUCCCCGGACAAGAGCACGCGGCGUUCGCGGCCGACGUCUCCCGGGCCGACAGCGUCAGCGCGCUAAUGGAGCAGAUCCAGUCGCUCUUCUCCUCGCCUCCUCGUGUCGCCGUCAGCAGCGCCGGAAUCACACGGGACGAGUUUCUGCUUCGCUUGUCGGAGGAAUCCUUUGAUGCUGUGCUCAGCGUCAACCUCAAGGGACCAUUUCUCAUUACACAAGCCGUGGCCCGAGCUAUCGUAGCCUCGGGCCAGAAUGGAGGCUCCAUCGUCAACAUCGGCAGUAUUGUGGGAAAGGUGGGCAAUCUCGGUCAGUCUAACUACGCUGCAGCCAAGGCCGGAGUAGAAGGUUUGACUAAGACGGCCGCCAAGGAACUGGCUAAGUUCGAUAUCCGCUGUAACACCGUACUGCCUGGAUUCGUCUCCACGCCGAUGACUGACAAAGUGCCGCAGAAAGUCCUGGACAAGAUCGCCGGUCUGAUACCAAUGGGAAGACUUGGACAGCCUGAAGAUAUCGCAGAUGUCUGUGCGUUCCUGGCCUCUAAUGACAGCAGAUAUAUCACGGGAGCAAGUAUUGAGGUGACAGGUGGACUGUAUUUGUGAUCCUGUCUGGCACCUGCAGUAC